AUGCUAAGGGUUGGGGAUCCAGGACCCAGCCCCAGCAGGGGUGGUUUGGGGGAGGUGGUGGGGAAUCGGAAGCUGAUCGCCUUCGGGGCGGUGCUGGGGUGGCUCCUGGUCGUGCACUUGCUGGUCAACAUUUGGCUGCUCUGCAUCCUUUCAGGGUUGCUGGCGCUGUUGGGUGGGUGGCUUGGCUCCCGGGCCGUGAUGGAGACUGGCCGCCGCGUUCACCUGGAGAGGUUCCUCCUCCUGGAACGCUGCCCGCCCAGCCCCGAGGCGGAAAAGCAGCUGGACGAGGAGAUCGAGAGCAUGAUCCGGAAGAUCCUUCGGGAUUUUGUGUCUUCCUGGUAUCGGGCGGUGACCCCCCAGCGGGGUUUCGAGGUCCAAGUGGAGAACGCCAUGAUGGCCUUGGCCAUGGAGCUCAAAAGGAGAAUGGCGCUGGUGGACAAGCGGGCGUUGACCCAGAAGGUGCUCCUCCUCGGGGGUUGCCACCUGCAGACCUACAAGAAAGCCCGGGAAAGGGUGGCCGGGAUGGGUGACCCUGGAGACCAGACUCCAGAGGCUGAGCACCUGUGGCGAGCAUACUCUGACUUGUGGGGACCACACAUGGCUGUUCAGAGUCCCGGCCACGAGGUGGAUUAUGCCCGGCGCAUUGUGGACCUGCUGCUCCACGUUUUGGUGCCUCGGCCGCACUUGGAAACGAGGACGGGCCGCUUUGUAGUGGUGGAGCUGGUGACUUGCAACGUGCUGCUGCCCAUGAUUAACAAAAUGUCGGACCCCGAUUGGCUCAACCUGCUGUUGAUCGCCAUCGUUUCCAAGAUCAGUGGUAAAGAAGCUGGAGAGAAAGAGACAAUGGAGAUGCUAACAGCGGGAGCAGACCCUUCCCAGCCCCAAGCGGUGGCCCCUGAUUCUUUGCCCCUGGUGUCGCAGGUGGAAGCUGCCCCGGAGGUCAAGGCAUUAUCUCCAAGGAGUUCUGAGCCUUUGGUGGGUGAUGGACCAGAUGGUUUGGAAUGCCACGGCUUCGAAGGGAGAGAACCUAUGAGCAGAGAACUGAGUGCUGAAAUGGAUAGAGGGAGAGCCAGUAGCAUCUCUGCCCCCUGUCUUCAGCCGGAUACCUUGGGAUCCUUCUUCCCCUGUGAAGACUUUGACAUUGAGUCUCCCGUGUGUGAUGUAGGGAAGGAUUCUGCUUCCACAGGCCUCGUGCGGCCGGAGGAGUUCCUUGUUGACUCCCUCAGUGCUCUGGCAGGGCCGGACGGCUUAGAUCAAGAGGAUGGUCAGGGAAUCCGAGCCAGGUGCUUGGAGGACUGUGUCAACCCUGGCCUUGAAACGGCUCUGCGGGUGGCCUCCGUGAGCCCCUGCCCGGACAUCCAGAUUGAGCCUGCAGCGGAAGACGAGGUGACCGUGGCCUCCUUAACAGCCCUUUUGGAGAACUCGGAGAAGAUGUUCUUGAGGCGGCCGUCCUGCUUGGAGAAAGAGUCGGGACCUUCUGACACCUUGGCCCGCGGCCCUCAGGAUCUGGGUCAGCUGCCGAGCUUGCUCCCUUCCUCCCCCACCGCCCCCAUGGGCACUUUCAGCUUUGAACCCCUGAGUAGCCCAGACGGCCCCAUCAUCAUCCAGAAUCUGCGGAUAACGGGCACCAUCACUGCCAAGGAGCACAGCGGAACAGGGUUCCACCCUUACACCUUGUAUACUGUGAAGUAUGAGACAACGUUAGACAGCGACAACACUAGCGCUCUCCAGCAAGUGGCUUACCACACUGUGAAUCGGAGGUACCGAGAAUUUUUGAACUUGCAGACCAGACUGGAGGAGAAGCCGGAGCUACGGAAGUUCAUAAAAAAUAUUAAAGGUCCAAAGAAGCUUUUUCCUGAUCUACCCUUCGGUAAUAUGGACACCGAGAAAGUAGAAGCCAGAAAAAGCCUUUUGGAGUCGUUUUUGAAGCAAUUGUGUGCCAUUCCUGAGAUUGCCAACAGUGAUGAGAUGCAGGAAUUCCUGGCCUUGAACACAGAUGCCAGGAUUGCCUUUGUCAAAAAGCCCUUCGUAGUCUCCAGGAUUGACAAGAUCGUGAUGAACGCCAUCGUGGAUACAUUAAAAACGGCCUUCCCCAAAUCCGAGCCUCAGAGCCCUACAGAGGAUCUGAGCGAGGCAGAGACGGAAGGGAAGUUGCAGACAGACGGAAAGAGGACUAGCAAGCCUAGGUUGAGGUUCGCCUCCAGUAAAAUAGCUCCGGUUCUGACCGUAGCCGAGACACAAGAGAAGGUUGCGUAUUCUUUCCGGGAAGGCACUACGGUCUUGGACUUCCUGUCCUUAGCUGGAAUGGAGUCUUUCAUUCAGAAGCAGGGAAAACUCCUGGGGGCAGUCUUCUCUGAGAGCUCAGAGAGCGAAGGAGAUGAAGCUCCUGUAGCCCCAGAAUGUGCCUCAGAUUGGGACCUGAAGCCCUCUGAGGUACCCCAGCAAGCAACAGAAGGCAGUGGAGAUCCUGAAUCGGAGAUGCAGUUGGCGGACGUCGUCCUGGACCUCCUCCAUCUGGUCAUGGCCGACCACUGGAGCUGGCUGUGCACCGAGAACAUGCAGAAGGUUUUGCACCUGCUCUUUGGGACGCUGAUCCAAAGGUGGCUGGAGGUCCAGGUGGACAAUCUGACCUGCUCUCAGCGUUGGGUGCAAUACCUUCGGCUGCUCCAGGAAUCCAUCUGGCCUGGUGGCGUCUUGCCCGUGGUGCCCAAGCCACACAGGACAGAAGAGCAAAAGGCAGCAACGGAAAGACAGGCCUUGCAGCUUCUCAUGGGUAUCCUGCCCGAAUUAGUUCUCGAAAUCCUUGGAACCAGUAAGUGUCGACAGAGCUGGAGUCUCGCCCUGGAAUCCAUGCAGCAUCCCAUCAUAAACAGGCACAUGGUUUACUGUCUUGCAGACAUCCUGUUGGAGUUUUUGAUCCCUGAAUCUUUAACAGACAAGCCCUGGAGAGCACCUGCAGCUGGAGUGGCCGAGAGAGUUGGCCCUUCAUCACAGUAAACUGGACUGAUGUUGCUAGCA